AUGGAACUAGAUUUGGUAACAAAAGACACAAGCUGGUGGGUAUUCACACUUCCAGCAUUUCUAGGUUCCCAAAGCCUUUCAGAUGGCUAUAUUUUGUUCUCGCUUGCUAUGGCCUUUCUGUCUCUUGCUAUUCUUACAUGGGCAUUUGCCGUUGGUGGUAUUGCAUGGAAAAAUGGAAGAAACAGAAAAGGUCACCGCUUCAUUCCUGGUCCUCGAGGCUUGCCAAUCUUCGGUAGCCUCCUAACUUUGAGCCGUGGCUUGGCUCAUCGCACUCUGGCUUCCAUGGCUUGGAGCCGAGCCAACACUCAGCUCAUGGCCUUUAGCCUUGGCUCCACUCCUGUGGUGGUGGCUUCUGAACCUCAUACUGCCCGAGAAAUCUUAACCUCUCCCCACUUUGCUGACCGCCCUAUUAAACAGUCCGCUAAGAGCCUCAUGUUCAGCCGAGCCAUAGGCUUUGCCCCAAAUGGCACUUACUGGCGGCUUCUAAGGAGAAUAGCUUCUACUCACUUGUUUUCUCCUCGGCGCAUUUUAGCCCAUGAAUCCCUCCGCCAGCUAGAGUGCACGACCAUGUUGCGUGACAUAUCAAACGAACAAAGUCUUAACGGUUUUGUCUUUCUGAGAAAACACCUCCAGUUUGUAUCUUUGAACAACAUCAUGGGAAGUGUUUUUGGAAAGACAUACGACAUGUCGCAGGAUAGCCAAGAGCUGGAGGAGCUUAGAGACAUGGUUAGAGAAGGGUUUGAGCUAUUGGGUGCUUUCAAUUGGUGUGAUUAUUUGACAUGGCUCAACUACUUUUAUGACCCAUCUCGUAUACAAGAGCGUUGCUUCAUACUUGUUCCUCGAGUUAGGAAGCUCGUCAAGGGCAUCAUUGAAGAGCAUAGGCUCAGCAAGUCAAAUAAAGUUGGUGAUAGUUGCGAUUUUGUUGAUGUUUUGCUGUCUUUGGAUGGUGAAGAGAAACUUCAAGAUGAUGACAUAGUUGCUGUCUUAUGGGAAAUGAUUUUUAGAGGGACAGAUACAACUGCUCUGUUAACUGAGUGGGUUAUGGCCGAGUUGGUUUUGCACCCUGAGGUUCAAGAAAAGCUUCAAAGGGAGCUUGACAUGGCUGUGAAGGACAGGAGCUUGCCUGACUUGACAGACGCUGUUGUGGCAAAAUUACCUUAUUUGCAGGCUGUGGUAAAGGAGACUCUCAGGGUUCACCCACCUGGCCCACUCUUGUCAUGGGCCAGGUUGUCCACGUCAGACGUCCGUCUCAGCAACGGAAUGGUGAUUCCCGCCAACACUACAGCCAUGGUCAACAUGUGGGCCAUCACACAUGACCCACACGUGUGGGAAGACCCGCAGGAGUUCAAGCCUGAGAGGUUCAUAGAAGAAGAGGUGGAUGUGAGAGGUGGCGAUCUGAGGCUUGCACCAUUUGGGGCUGGGCGUAGGGUAUGCCCUGGCAAAAACUUAGGGUUAGCCACCGUGACACUUUGGGUAGCCAAGUUAGUGUACCAUUUUAAGUGGGAUAGAGAUGUGGCUCACCCAGUUGAUCUAAGUGAGAUCCUGAAGCUGUCUUGUGAAAUGAAGUAUCCCCUCCAUGCUGUGGCUGUGCAAAGGAAUUAA